AUGGCGAGCUUCCUGGUGGCGUGGGGGCUCGCCACACGGCAGCCUCUCUUCGUCACCGUGCCACUCGGAUGCCAUGCUGUUGCUUAUUCCGGUAAACAACAAGACCUGUUCAAGCUGUGCUCUGCUGGCCAUCUAUGGCAAGCUCAUGAUCUGUGUCAAUCCACCAUUGCGAUGGAAGUGCCGGAGAUCGCAGUCGAAGUGGCGCCGGAGAUCAUCAUCGCCGUCGAAAUGCCGGAGGCGAUCAACACCACCAUUGUGCGGCUCCCCAUGUACAUGCAGGAGGCGAACAAGGGCCUGUUCAAGCCAAGGGUGGUCUCUAUCGGGCCAUACCACUACGGUCAGGGGAGCACCCUCGACAUGGAAACUCACAAGGACCGAUUUCACCAUGCUUUCUUCCAGCGGUUAGGCAACCAUGUCAACCAUCAAGACUUGAUCGCUCAGUGCACUGAAGGUGCAAUGCAGUGCUACAACGGCAAUGUUGACUUCAGGCUCUACACCCUGGAGAAGCUCAUGCACGACGGGUGCUUCAUUCUUGAGCUCCUCAUCCAGUGGGAAGAGGGAGAGCAUGCCCAUGUCGAUGAUCACAUGCGAUUGAUGUCCAACAGCAUAUACUACGACCUCCUCAUAGUCGAUAACCAGGUACCUUUCUUCGUUCUCGCUAGGCUGUUUGAAGAAUUCAGGAGGUACAACGGUGAACAUCCUAUCGUCCUAGUAAAUACCCCGUUGGUUAACCUCAUCAGCAAUUUCUUCAACUAUGAUGGCCAGUUUUCCUGGGUUCAUUCAAACCUGCUGAAUGAGGAUCUCCCUAAUGCAAACCAUCGCCAUUUGCUUGAGAUUCAAUACAACCUUGUCAUCCGCAGAAACAAUAAUAGAAAUAACAAUGAUGAGCAGAUGCAUUAUUAUAGUUGCCUGUGUGGUUUGUGCAGCAGAAACAUUUGCCAUAAAUCACCUAUGCCGCUAGGAAUCCCUGGGGCAAACGAGCUGCAAGACUACGGCGUUAAAUUCCAUCAGAAAGAGAAUCACCGGAUCACCGACAUAUUCGACGUGACAUUCUCGCAUAAAACGAUGAGCAUCCCUCAGUUCAAGAUCAACUUCGGCUCCAAGAUCCUACUGGCAAAUCUCUUCGCCUACGACCAAAUCGCUGGCCAACAAGGGAGAAAUAAUAACGGCGUCGUCGUAGGUCCCGUAACGAGCUACGUCGCGCUCAUGAACGCGCUGAUCAACACGAAGAAAGACGUGAUGGUUCUACAGCGGGAGGGCAUCCUGGACAACCUGCUGUCGAACGAGGAAGAGGUGGCCUCCUUCUUCAACAGGCUCGGCAGAUGCGCCUUGGUGGAUGUCAGCAACCACCGUUACACUGGCAUGUUCGAAGAUGUCAACAGGUACUGGAGGUACGGAUGUUGCUGCAAGCAUUUUGUCACCUUUCGCAUGAAGCAUUGCAGGAACCCGUGGACUUGCCUCUCGCUGAUGGGUGCUAUUUUGCUCUUGUUUAUCUCAUUGAUCUCCAUGAUCUACACCAUCCUCCAAUACUACAACCGUCGGCAGUAG